AUGGGGAAAACGAAGCGACGAUACUGGUUACUCAAAACAGAGCCAAGUGAGUGGUCAUGGUCAGACCAAGAAGCAAACAAUGGAAUCAGCAAAUGGGACGGUGUCAAGAACAAACAAGCUCAAAAGAAUCUAAAGUCCAUGACUUUAGGAGAUCUCUGUUUCUUUUACCAUUCAGGAACCAAAUCAAGAUGCAUCGUUGGUGUUGUGGAGGUAUCACGUGAAUGGUACACUAAUGAAGAUGAUGAUGAAGGAGCAGUAGAUGUGAAAAGGGUUGGUGAGAUGAGGAAAUGUGUUGAUUUGAAAGAGAUGAAAAGAGACAAAGGGAUUAAGGGUUUUGUUUUGUUUAGACAGCCGAGGUUGUCUGUUGUUCCUGUUGAGGAAGAUGUUUGGGGAAAGGUUUGUGAUUUGGGUAAUGGGUUUUGUGGUGAUGGUAAGGAAGAUGAUUGUGGAAGUUGUAGUGAUGAGUCUUGAAUUGGAUUUGUUUGUUGUAUGUGGUGUUGAAUGGUAGUGAUGCUAAUGCUAUUAUGAUGUUUUCUUCUAAUUGUAAUUUGUUUACUCGGAAUAUGAGUGAGGCAUUUUGUCGAA